AUCACUUUCAUCACCCUAUAAGAUUCACGCGGUCUCUAACAAUCACAUAACAAAUUGAAACAUUACUAUUGACAACAAAUUAAAACAACCACUUUUUUUUCCCUCUCUCUCAUGGAUGUGAAAGGAACAAGUGGGGUUGUUCCAUUGAGGAAGGUGUUGUUUCUGGUUCUAAUCCUUUGUGCAAUUUUCUCAGUUUCUUUGUCAAAAGUGAAUGAUACAAAUGAUCAGAUUCUUAACGCCAAGAAGCCACAACCAAAACCCGCAGCUCCUUCUAGAUCGUCUGGUCACACUUUUCAUUUCGCCAUUCAAGGGAAUGUCUAUCCUCUUGGAUAUUAUACAGUGAAAGUGGCAAUUGGAAAUCCACCUCAAUUAUACGACCUUGACAUUGACUCUGGUAGUGAUCUCACUUGGGUUCAGUCCAAACCCUGUAAGACCUGCACACCUCGUUCACAAUAUUAUCCGUAUAACCCCAACAGUAACAUCCAAUGCAAAGAACCCCUUUGUGCUGCGCUAAAUAGAAACUGCGCUCCACCAACUGGGCCAUGUAAAUAUAAAAUCGAGUAUGCAGACAAUGAAUUUUGUUCAGGGGUGCUUGUUAGGGACUUUAUUUCCUUUAGAUUAGACGAUGGCUCUGUUCUGCAUCCUCAACUUGGCUUCGGGAGUGGAUUUGAUCAAACACCUUCUAAGCAUCAUCAUUCCUCGCAUAUCAAAACGGCGGGGGGGUUUGGCCUUGGCAAUGGCAAGACAAGCAUUUUGUCUCAGCUUUCUUCUCUGGGCUACAUUCGCAAUGUCUUUGGCCAUUGCUUGAGUUCCAAAGGAGGAGGUCGUUUAUUCCUUGGUGAUGAUGAUAUUAAAACCUCCAAGACUCUUGUUUGGACACCUAUCUUGCGCAGUUCCUCCUCCUCCAAUAUAGAACACUACAGGGCAGGUCCUGUAGUUUUAUUGUUCAAUGGGAAGCAAGCUGUUAAUGGUCUUGAAGUGUGUUUUGACAGUGGAAGCACAUACACAUACCUCAAUAAAAAAGCUUAUAAUGUUUUGUUUGGUCUGAUAAAUAAUGACUUAGGAAAUAAGGUGCAGAGAGCUACUGAGGAUACAACACUGGCAAUAUGUUGGAAGGGUCAAAAUCUUUUUGGAUAUUUCAAAAACAUAGUACUGAACUUCCCAAAAACAAAAUCUCAGUUCGUACUAACACCACAAUCUUAUCUCAUUGUCUCGGAACGUCAUAAUACCUGCUUAGGGAUUUUAGAUGGCUCAAUAGAAGAACUUGGAGAUACUAACAUAAUUGGAGACGUCUCUUUUCAAGAUAAGCUAGUGGUUUAUGACAACGAGAAGAUGCAGAUUGGAUGGGUUCCUGACAAUUGUGCUACGUCUCCAUUUACAAAUGCCAAAUCAUUACGAGUUCAUCACAGAGGAAAUAUUUUGUCCUAAUAAUUCUCAUGCAUGUAAUUAACUUAUGAUAUGAGAAUAAUAUUAGUAAUAAUGAUGAUGAGUUAUUGGACGCAGAAUCUUUGAAUUUUUAUUUAUUUAUUUUUGCGAUA